AUGGCGUCGUCUUCGUGGAACGCUGGACAGGGCGCUUACUUGUCGUCUCGCCGACUCUCCGGCUCCUCCGCCUGCGAGGCUCCGCAGGCGCCGCACGCGCCCGCUGACCCUCAAGUGGACUCGAAGGCCCGCCUGCAUCAGAGCGCCGCGUUUCUCACGUCGCAGCAGCCCAACGGCGUUGCGCAGAGCGGCGGUCGGCGGGCGUUUGCUUCCUCCGCGUACUCCGCGCACGCCGCGCCUCAACAGGCUCACUCAGCUGCCGGGGGGGGGGGGGCGGCCGCGCAGGCGCUCAGCGCUGCGUUCCCUACACAGCCGCCGCCGCGCGAGACGGCCGCGAGCGGCUCGGGCGAGACCCAGGAAGACUGGCGACAGCCGCCCGCCCAUCACCUGCAAGCCCAGACCCCCGCGGGUCAGCGCGCGUCAUCGUAUGCCUCGCGCCCGGCGGCGUCGUACUACUCUUCCUUCUCUGCGGCGGCGUAUCCUGCCGCGACUGGCUACGGGACCGCGGGCGAGGAAGCGUCCAGAGAAGGCGGGGAACCGCCCAAGGCGAAGAGUCUGAAGGAACAUCAGGAGUUUCUGCUGAAGCAGCAACUCGAGGCCGAUAGAGCCGAGCCUCAGCCCGAUCGACGGGGAGGAGGAGGCGCGGCGGAGGGCGCAGCCCUCGCGGCGAACGUGUGGACUGACAAGAAGACUGACGGCGUUGGCCUCAGCUUCUACUCCGCACCAGGACAAACUUAUCCAGGUCGCGCGCCUGCGGGCGCUCCCCAGGGCUUUUCUUCGGAGCCCUUCGCGUCCGCGCUCGCGCCGCACGCCGCGGCGCACGCUGUGGCGGGAACGGCAGGGUCGCGCCCGACGCCGUUUUAUCCGCAGCAGCCGUAUCCGGCAUUUGGGGUGCCUUCCGGGGGAGCCGCCGCGGCGCCUUCUUUCUCGUCGCUGGGCUUGAGCGGCAGCAUGCGCGCGGCGGGCGAGGAGGACGCGGCGGGCGGCGCGCCGAAGGGAUUCUUCAGCCGCUUGUUCUCCUUUGGCGCCGGCGCCGCGCGGGACGAGGCGCGGAGCGGCGCCGCAGACGCGCAGUCCGCUAAGGGCCGCGGCGACGAGGACGACGCCAUCGAAGAUGAACCGCCGCUGCUGGAAGAGUUGGGAAUUCACCCCGAGGAAGUUCUUCAACGUGUCAAAUCCGUCCUCUUCUUUUAUAAGCUGGAGCACGACCUCUUGGUUCACUCCGACAUGUGCGGACCGCUUGUCGUCGCCAUCACCCUGGCCUUUCUUCUCCUUAUGCUUGGAAAAGCGUCCUUCGGGCACAUCUACGGUCUGUCGAUCGUGGGCAGCCUCUGCACCUACGUACUUCUCAACCUCAUGAGCCCGAGAGAAGGGAUCGAUCUGUACAGCACCAUCAGCAUCCUCGGCUACGGCUUGCUGCCCGUGCUGCUCAUUGCGCUCGCCUCGCUCUUCGUAGCGCUCAAGUCGUCUUUUUUCGGCCUUCUGUUCUCUCUCUUCUGCGUCCUCUGGUGCACUGCGACGGCCUCGAGGUUCUUCGAAGCCGCGCUGCAAAUGCAUGAUCAGCGGUACCUGGUGGCGUACCCGAUCUCCCUCUUCUACGCCUCCUUCGUCGUCAUCGCAGUGCUGUAG